CACCAUAACAAAAGAACGCAGCUGCGACGAGUGGAGAAAGUCCACUUGCGUGUUUUUCUCUUGAUUAUGUAAAUAGCAGUGGUUGCACAGAAUGGCAGGGGUCAAGAGCAGGAUUCCGCGGGUGCAGCCGAGCAAGGGGCCCAGCGGGCGUCUGGGCAAUUUGAACCCCUUGUUCCAAAAGCAGACGGCUGCGAUGGAAGCCUCACAAAUCUCGCCCCUGGUCGUCAAGCAGGCCCGCAAGAGCGGAAAAGUAAACCUGUCCGGCAAGAAUCUCUCCACAGUCCCGGAACGCAUUUGGACGCUGGACACUCUGGACGAGAACGAAAUUAAGUCGAUAGACGUCCACUUGUCCGACUCGGUGCGGGAAGACGAAGACUCCAAGUGGUGGGAACAUGAGCCCCUAACCCUGCUGGACCUCAGCAACAACUGCAUAGCCACUUUGUCCCCUAAGAUCAAAUACCUCGCCUCGCUCACAAAUUUGCUGUUGCAACACAACAGUUUUAUUAGUUUGCCAAAAGAAAUUGGGCAACUGCGAAGAUUGAAAAUUUUAAACCUGAGUCACAACAAGUUAAGCACUUUUCCUGAGGGAAUUUUCGAGUUGAAAGAAUUACGGCAGCUGAACAUUUCCUUCAAUUUGAUCGAAGACACCACAGACUCCAUCGGAGACCUCAACAUGCUGGAGAAACUUGACUUGUCACAUAAUCGAUUGACGGUCCUGUCGCCUGGUGUUGGCUUCUUAACACAUCUCACUCACCUCUUGGCCAUGCACAACGCAAUUACAGAUGUGCCUCCUGACGUGGGAAAUCUCAGGGUAUUACGUGAGCUUGACUUGUCCCACAAUGCAAUUCCACUGUUGCCGCCAAUGGGAGAGCUGAAGAAGCUUGAGAUUUUCAGAGCAGAACAUAACAAUAUAACCGACAUACCAGACUUCAUGGGAUGCAGCUCGUUGCGCGAAAUUCAUCUGUCUGGAAAUUGCAUCUCGGAGCUUUCAGAAAGCGCUCUGGAGGCCUUGGAGCAAGUCCGAGUGCUCUCGCUGAGGGACAACAAAUUGGAAAACAUUCCGGAGGAAGUCAGUUAUCUGAAAAAUCUUAUUCGACUUGACAUCGGCAACAACGGAAUUAGAGAAUUGCCUCCUUGCUUGUCUCUGCUGCCACACCUCAGCACUCUCACUCUGGACGGCAACCCGCUCAAAACGCUCAGAACAGAUGUUGUGAAAGGAGGUACAACGAGGGUUCUCAAAGUCCUUCGAGGGCAGCUGAGCAGUGACCAAAAGCCCAGCAUGAAUAACUCCAGUCCUUCUCUGCCUGGCCUCAAUUCUCAGCCAUGGCCCAACAAAUAUAAUAUGAAUUCAAGCAGGGCAUUAAAGUUGGGUCUCAGGGAGCUGACUACAGUCCCAGACAGUGUGUUUGAAGAAGCAGUGAAAGCUGAAGUAACUUGUGUUGAUCUUUGCAAGAACCUGUUCACUCAAGUGCCGCAAGGGAUAUCAUUGGUGGCUGAUUUUCUGACCGAGCUAAAUCUAUCGAAUAACAAACUAACCGCUCUACCCGAUUCACUGAUCACUUGCAAGAAACUUCAGUACUUGGAGGUCAGUCAAAACGCAUUGACCGAUUUGCCAGCCUCAUUUGACGCCUUUGAGCAACUGAGAGAGAUCAACUUGUCUUUUAAUAGAUUUGAGUCUAUUCCAUCUUGUCUUUUUGGCCUGCCCGCGAUGGAGAUUUUGAUUGCCAGGGACAAUAAGAUAAAGGAAAUUGAUACUGCUGGAUUGGCAAGCAUCCCGCGUUUAGCUACUCUAGAUCUCAGCAAUAAUGACAUUGGCUCGGUUCCUCCGCAGCUUGGACUUCUAAAACUACACUGUCUGGAGUUGGCUGGGAACUCGUUUAAAGUACCGAGACAAAAUAUCCUCUGCAAAGGCACCCCUUCGAUUCUGUCCUACCUGCGAGACCGAUUACCCAAGUGAUAUCUCCGUACAAUAUCAAAUCUUAUAUAAUUUGUUUUUUGUGUGCACAGAGCACGGAUUUAUGUUUGAAUUUUAUUCAUAUCAUUUCUGCUAACAGAUAUUAUGUUUUAUAUGUUGUAGCUGCUACUUAUGUUCCUUGUUAUUGUGCUGUUUUUCAAAUUCACUAUGUACCGAAUAUUCACAAAUUAUUGUGCCUAAAUUUGCGUGGAGAGUGAGUGGCACAAAGUCAUAAUAAUUCCCAUAGUACAAAUCGUUGGAAAUUAGGGAAAUUUUAUUGGUGGUUCUCCCCAUUAUGCCAUAGUUGUGAUUUAAAUACUUUGUCUAUGUAGAUUUUGAGGCCACUAUUUUUCUUUUAAAUUACGUAAGCAAUGCAUAAUAGUAUUUUGGUGGUAUACAUCACAAGGUGUGCUGUGCCCAAGUGUCACAAUUUUUUGUUUGCAGUGGUUUGAAUCUUCUGUGAUUAAUUGAUAUUUUUGUCAUAUGUGGAAGUUCUUCUUCAUCUUAUUGUGAUUGUGCAACUAUUAUUGAAACUAGAUUGAAUUAAAGUCUCCUCUAAAGAU